GUGGCAGCACGUGUGGGCUACUGGUCAUUCGCAUGCGAAUGAGCACGCGACCUAGGUCAGUUUUCGACAGCUUAUUUGCGAUUUAUGGUCUCGUUAUUUUAAUGUGUAAUAUCAAUUAAAACAAUCUUAUCAAGAGAGAAAAAAGGAGAGGGAAUUUGUUUUGGAAAUAAAGUUUUAAAUAAAAGCAAGCAAAAUGGAUAAGUAUAAUCCUUCACUUGCUGCUGCGAAACUAGAUGUUGUAAAUGAACGUAUCGAUCAGCAUAUGUGUCAGCUCUUUCAUACUGAAGUUCUGAAAAAGUUUAGCCAUGAUAGUCAAACAGAAGAAAUUCUACUUCCCUCUGUGCUCAACAAUCUCAAGGAGCAAAAAUCUUUUGUAUUCCGUGUGUCUGAUGGAAUGGGCAUGAAUAUAAGAUCUUCUAAGAAUUCAAAUAUUGUGUUGACGAAGAAGCCAGAUCCUAUCAGAAGCAAUUUCAACUUUCUUCAACUUGCUCAAGCUUCAACAUUACUACUUGCUGAAGAUUUGAAGAAUGUCUUACUUGACAAUGAUCCUCCUCAAUCAGUUCGAUUUAAUGAUAAAUCUAACCGAGGGAAAUUCAGUGACAAUGUGUCCCCAUUGAGUAUGAACCGAAUUGCCGGACGUUUGAACUUAUCCGACAAACCACCAUGUAUCCCACUGUUUGGUGAAAGCGCCGCCUUUGUGCAUCAUCGCCGAAAUUUGCCCAUUUUUAAAUAUCGCCAAGAGAUCCUAAACCAGUUAGAAUGUCAGCAAGUCGUAGUUAUCGCUGGCAAUGUGGGCUGUGGUAAAACAACUCAAGUUCCGCAGUACAUAUUGGAAAAUGCAUAUGAAAAAAAAGGAGCCUGCCGGAUUAUCAGCAUCCAGCCACGCCGAUUAUCUGUUCAUGCUGCUCUUGAUCGCGUCAUUGCAGAACGAGGUGUGACUGGAGACAGAUUAGUAGGACAUCAAACUCGACUUGAAUCCAAAGGCACAGUCAAUUGUCCGCUAAUAUUUUGCACGACUGGAGUCUUCCUUCGAUCCCUUAUAGAAAAUGAUCGUUGUCUUAAAGGGAUAACUCAUGUCAUCAUCGAUCAGGUGCACGAACGUGACAGAUUCACGGAUCUUCUAUUGGGUGUUUUUCGCCUGCGGCUGUCUCAAUACCCGGAUUUGCGGCUUAUCCUUCUAUCCGCCGACAUGGCGCCUCAUGCCCUAGGCAACUAUUUUCAUCAGGAAAAGAUCAUUAGAGUUCCAGUGUCGUCCAAUCCCGUAUCACAGCUGUUUUUGGAGGACAUUCUCACCUGCACAAAAUUCUUGUCAAAGCAAAAACUUUUAACUGGGGCUGGAGGAGUCAAGGGAGAGUUAACCCUGGGCCCGGCAACUGUAUUUGAUGAACUCAUCACCGAGGCUUGGUACAAUGGUUCCGACUUAAUCUUCUUACACAUUAUGAAACUGGUGCGUGACGGUGCUAUGCCCAUUGACUACCAGCACUCUCAGACCGGUAUCACCGUCUUAAUGGCCUCCGCAAAUCACGGCAAACUGGACAUAGUCAAGAUGGCCAUUUCUUUGGGGGCUGAUCCUACUCUUCAAGUCAAAGGCAUGACAUCAUACGAUUUGGCAAACGAAUUUGCUCGCCCCGAAGUGGCCGACUUGCUUUUAUCUUACAGCCAAGUGUUCUACAAUGAAGUUGGCAACAAUGUCGUCAUUCAGGAGCCUUUAACAGUGAACUACAAUUCGCCAGAUGAUGUUUUGAAGAGUUUCUAUGCAAAGUAUAGUCAAGAUCACGCCAACCUGGAUCUGAUCAUCGAAGUCCUUAAUUAUGUUCAGGGCUAUUCUCAACCUGGAACUAUCCUUGUUUUACUACCAGCUUAUAGCGAGGUCGUUGAACUCAGAGACAUGAUUAUCGCUAGCACUUCAUCACUCAAAAACAAGUUGGAGGUGCAUACCUUACAUGGGCACUUGUUCCCGAAUGACUUUAAGAAGAUUUUCUGCCCCGCUCCGGCCGACAAGCGUAAGGUCAUCCUGUCUACUAACAUUGCAGAGACCAGCAUCAGCUUUGACGACGUUAUUUGCGUUAUCGAUUCGGGACUUUUUCGCGACAGAGAAAACGACGUAGUUUUCACAAACCCAAAAAAGACCCAAUGGAUUUCCAAGGCUUCAGCGGCACAGCGUGUUAUGCACGUUCGUAAUGGUGGUAUCGUCUUUCAUCUGUACCCGCGUUCGACCUUGGAUGGCUUGCAAGAAUAUCCUGUGCCCGAAAUCACGCGUGAUUCCUUGAUUGACGUGUGCCUUUUUGCUCGCUUGAUCAUCCCAGAAGACAUGCGAUUACCGCAGUUCUUUUGCAGCUUGCCUGAUGGUCCACCGACCACAGCUGUCCACCAGGCUAUAGAAAUCCUUGAAUCUAUUGAUGCUUUCGACAGUCAAAGCAAGGUUACCGAUGUCGGUUUGCGCCUCAUUGACUUGUCAGUAGAGCCCAGAUUGGGUAAAAUAUUGCUUGUGAGUGUUGGACUCAGGUGUCUUGAUCCAGUUCUGACAAUUAUCUGUUGCUUGGCACGAGAUGACCCUUUCAUAACACCUGUGUCUCCUGACGAACGCAAAGUUGCGAUUAUGCGAAGGUAUGAUCUAGCCCCUGAUUAUCUCAGCGACCAUCUGGCUCUUUUGAGAGCUUAUCACCUGUGGGAAAAGGGUAAUGACGAAGGUCGAAAGCGCCAGGUUUGCCAAGAAAAUUAUCUUUCGGUUGCCAACAUCGAGCUUGUUUUCUUGCUUCGAGUGUUGUUAGUCGGUGAACUGCGUGCCAGUGGGUACGUUCGCAGCCGCGGGAGCGCAGAUAUUCGCAAUCUCAAUAUUCACUCUGAAAGUUGGACAGCUAUUAAAGCCGCGCUAACUGCGGGUCUGUAUCCCAACCUUGCGCGUUACUCACCAACAGAUGGCGGCAUUAUUACCCAGAACGAAACGCGAUCUCAAUUUCAUUUUACUUCCACUCUUCUGGUUCAAGAAGGACGAAAUAAUGGUUUGGGAUUUGUCGCUGCUUCUUCAGCUGACACUUCUUCAAUCCAUCCGUUGCUCCAGAAACAUUCAUCAAAAACAUCCCAUACUGUCCUGACUAGCCCUUGGGUCAUAUUCGAAGAUCAACAAAGAGCAGGACAAUUUACUGUGCUUCGUUGCUGUAGUGUUGUUACACCCAUCACUGCCCUCCUUUUUGCCGGCCAUCUGGGAUCUGAAAUUCAAACCGUCCAACUCAAUCAGAAUGAGCAUCAAGAGAUACUUAAUCAUUUGGAAGAAAGUGACGAAGAUUCCGAUGAUAUCGAUGAUGAUGAAAUGCGAAAGUUAUGCCAAGAACUGCAUUUGCAACAUAUAAGCGAGGAUAUCCUUGGCCUCAAUAGGGUCGCCAAGAGCAACAAAAGACUGUCGAGACCACGGAAACAUUUUGUUAUCUUAAAAAUCGACGAAUUCAUUGGUUUCGUAGUUGAUUCCUAUGUUGCCCAGCUCAUCAUGAACACUCGGGAAAAGUUUCAGACAAUUUUGGCCAAAUGUAUUCGAGAGCCAGGAAGGAAUUGCAGCGUCGGGGAAGAAGGCGUCCUACGUACCGUGCUCAGUUUGCUCUCAUCGGAAGAAAUGGGUAUGCAGGUACCUCAGCCAUCGGGAGUUGGCAGGCGACCAACAAACGUUUCGGCCGAUUCCAUGUUGGUUACUCCAGAGCUCAAACCAGAAGAGUUAUAUCCCAUCAGGCGAUACAUGACGUACACCCCUCCACCCAAAGGCUAUUCAUAUGAAAGUCAUGAGUAUAACAACAGCUUUGUUACCUCUGGAAUUGGCUCGACUGCCUCCAAGAACCGAAUCAAACCAAACAGGCUGAACAAGACUACCGAUUAUCGAGAAGUAUUCCCGAACCCAACACCUGUACCCUCUAUGAAUUUAAGCUUCCAAGGAACGCCCAGCGUGAUGCCCAACGUCACUCCUGUCCGCGGCCGACCCCUCUGCAAGUCUUAUAGUUACAAUUACUCUGAAGGAAAUUGAUGGAUUAAUUUUUUUUUACUUCUGGGGUUUUCCACUUUGGGGAAAGAACUCUUUCACCAUGUUUUGAUUCCUUUUUUUAUUUAUUUUUUUACUUGCCGGUUUUAUUUUGUUUGGCGUUAAAAUUAGUUUUACCAGUUUACCGAAUCUGUGCUACUCUGGUUCCAGUUUUAUCCACUUCAUAAUUCCUUGCUUUUAAAUGCCCAAUGUUUUCUUCUCCAAACUUCCAAAAUGGUACUGUAGCAAACAGUAUGUUUACUUUGGAAGGUGUGAUUCUGUUCGCCAGUUGUUCCUGUCGCUCCAAUAACGAAAGGGUGCCCUAAUUCGCUGUUCACUUGUUGUAGCAUGUUCGUGUUCCCAAUAUCCCUUCGCACCUUGUGUUGCCGUCUGUUGGACAGACGGGCUUUUUUUCAAUAAUCAAGAUGUAAAAUGU